GCAGUCCUCACUCUGUUCCGCAGUCUGACAGCCGGGGAGAGCAGGAGACAUGGCAGCUUACAAGAUCGUCCUUAUCCGCCAUGGGGAGAGCACCUGGAACCAGGAGAACAGAUUCUGCGGCUGGUUUGACGCUGACUUAAGUGACACAGGAGUGGAGGAGGCCAAGAAGGGCGGAGAGGCACUGAAAGAUGCCGGCUAUCAGUUUGAUAUCUGCUUCACAUCCGUCCUGAAGAGGGCCAUACGCACCUUGUGGCUGGCGCUGGACGGCACUGACCAGAUGUGGGUGAAGGUGGUGAGGACAUGGAGGCUGAACGAGAGGCACUACGGCGGGCUGACCGGACUGAACAAGGCGGAGACGGCGGCCAAGCACGGAGAGGAGCAGGUGAAGAUCUGGAGGCGGUCGUACGAUAUCCCUCCACCCUCCAUGGAUGCCGACCAUGAUUAUUAUAGCAUCAUCAGCAAGGAUCGUCGCUACGCUGACUUGACAGAAGACCAGCUACCAAGCUGUGAGAGUCUGAAGGACACCAUCGCCAGAGCCCUGCCAUUUUGGAAUGAUGAAAUCGUCCCAGUGAUCAAGGAGGGGAAGAGAGUCCUGAUUGUAGCUCAUGGAAACAGUCUUAGAGGGAUCGUCAAGCACCUUGAAGGCAUGUCUGAGGAAGCCAUCAUGGAGCUGAACCUCCCCACCGGCAUCCCUAUCGUCUACGAGCUCGACAAGAACCUGAAGCCCAUCAAACCCAUGCAGUUUCUAGGAGACGAAGAAACGGUGCGCAAAGCCAUGGAAGCCGUGGCCGCCCAAGGAAAAGCCAAGAAGUAAACGGUCCUUCCCAGAAGACGGCGUCAUCCAUCCCUUUUUUUUAUUUUAUUUAGUUCACUUUUUAAAGCCGACACUUGACAGCUAGGGAUUCUAAAAUACCGCUAUAUCUGUAGUAGUGCGCCCCUAGCAAACCGCUCGCGUCUCCAGCUCCGCCCGCGCGGCUGGAGCCGAGUUUAGUGUGUUGCUUGUGCAUUUCAUUCCGGUGUCUUUGGCUAUUAUGUGUAUAGUUUGAUAGAACGUGUGGUCGCCACGCAGUCCAGUCGCACAUCACUUGACUGUCCGAGACGAUGGGGGUAGUAGUUCCCUUCUGUAGUCUUCUGUUUACGGUUGAUAAGGGCACUUACUGCGCAGCGCUCCCAUGCGGGUUCUGUUGUACUUUUUCCAAGUUAGUGUCACUUUUAUUCCAUUUCGAAUGCACUUGCAAUAUUCCUCUGAGGCCAGUCACAUUCAUAGCAUGGUGUGCAUUUUAAAUACUGAUGAUGCAUCUUGGGCAUUUACACCAAAAUUUGGGAUUUUCUUUGUCAUUUCAGCCCCAAAUUUGCUGAGCUGUAAGAGUUUGUCCCCUAAAAAAAAAAAUACUAAUUUGAUAAAAGCCCUUGAGUCGAUCUCUGCUGUCCAGUUAACGCAGGGGCGCCCAACCUGCAGCUCUUCAGCUGUUGCAAAACUACAACUCCCAGCAUGCCUGGACAGUCUACAUAUUUCAGGGCAUGCUGGGAGUUGUAGUUUUUCAACAGCUGGAGGGCCGCAGUUUGGGCAUCCCUGUGUUAACGGAAAUUCACUUUGGCCAUUUCCUGUUCUAAAGAGGUUUUCCCUCUUCAUCAUUGAUGGCAUGGCAUUAGGAUACGUCCCUAAUGCCAGAAAGGUGCAGGUUUCCCGCUCUGGAAACUGCUCCUAUUUUCCGAAUGGGGCCCCUAAAGUGAUGGGAGAGCAGCAACACAUGUGCGUUCACCCUCCGUUCACCCCUAUGGGAGCCAAGAAUAGCCUUGCCCCUCCUUUCACUUCUAUGGGACUUCCGAAGCUUGAGCGCUCCCAUAGGUGCAUGUUCAGACGGUCAGUACACCCGUUUCGGUGCAGCUUUUUAAUCUAGGACCAAUCCUUUUCUGCCAGUACGUUCCAGAUGGCAAUGUUGCGGUCACCUCAGGUGUUAAUACAAGUCCCUGUGGCCCCAUUAGUCACUCAUGUUAACGGUAAAGUACAUCCCAAUACUGUGGCUAUUUAUUGUGCUUCGCGUCUCCUCUGCGGGUAUUGGAGAUCAAUGCUCUCUACCGAUACGGCCCGGCCAGGUCCUGGCGCUUGUCUCACGGGGGUCACUUUUCCUUUUUGUAGAGAUUUCUGUUAUUUAAACCAUGACAAUAAAGGAGUGAUGUGCAAUUACUCUG